CCCCAGCCCUCUCCCUGCCGCACCGCCACCGCCUCGGCGGAGAGCCGCCCCUCCCACCCGCGCCAUCGGUGCCUCGGCGCUCGCCCAGCUGCCGCCCGCGCGAGGAGGAGGCCCCCUCUCCCCUCAGGGCAAUGUUUUGCACAAGCAACAGGAGCAAAAGCUACUUUCUUGCUAUUAGCCUACUUCUCUAGUGAUGAAUGGCAUGCCAUUGUUCCAUUGCUGCUGAGACCUGGAGUGUGUCAGUAUCUUUGGAGUCCUUGGACCACUAUGGCAACAAGCUACACACCUCCAUUUGAUGACCCCGGGGAGGUGAGGGAGGGUUUUCUAUGCCCCCUUUGUCUGAAGGAUCUGCAAUCGUUUUAUCAGCUUCAGUCUCAUUAUGAAGAAGAACAUUCAAGUGAAGACAAAGAUGUUAAAGGACAACUUAAAAAUCUGGUCCAAAAAGCUAAAAAAGCAAAGAAUAAAUUGUUGAAACGAGAAGAUGACCGAACUGAUGGAGGGCCUCAGGAACGAUAUGAGUCUUACAGCUAUGGUGGAGUGGAUCCGUAUAUGUGGGAGCCCCAAGAAUUAGGUGCUACGAAGAGCCAUCUUUCUGAUUUUAAGAGACACAGAGCAGCCAGAAUUGAUCACUAUGUUGUGGAAGUCAAUAAGUUAAUAAUCAGGUUAGAAAAGCUUACAUCCUUUGACCGAACCAAUACAGAUUCUGCAAAGAUAAGAGGUAGGUGCAAGCAUGUUCGACCUUUGCUAAUUUGGAUUUCAUUAGUGAUGUUCAGUAGAUUUUCUCAUUCUAUUCCAGCAAUAGAGAAGUCUGUUGUGCCUUGGGUUAAUGAUCAGGAUGUGCCAUUUUGUCCGGACUGUGGUAACAAGUUCAGCAUAAGGAACAGACGUCACCACUGCCGCCUUUGUGGGUCUAUCAUGUGCAAGAAAUGCAUGGAACUGGUCAGCCUCCCAUUUGCAAGCAAACUCACCACUGCUAGCAAGGAAGCCUUGGCCUCUCAUACUAGCCCAAACUGCUCACCCAACAGCAUUCAGGGCUCUCGCCGUGGCAGCAUCAGUAGUGUGAGCAGUGUGAGCUCUGUCUUGGAUGAAAAGGAUGACGAUCGCAUCCGCUGUUGUAGACAUUGUAAAGACACACUGCUGAAAAAAGAGCAACAGAUUGAUGAGAAAGAGUACACACCAGACAUCGUGAAACUUUAUGAGAAACUCCGACUUUGCAUGGAAAAGGUUGACCAGAAGGCCCCAGAAUACAUAAAGAUGGCGGAAUCAUUAAAUGUUGGGGAGACAACUUACAGUCUGGAACAUGCUAACAGUCUUAGGAUGGAGGUGCAAAAAAUGUAUGAGUUAAUAGAUGCUCUAAGCAAGAAGAUUUUGACUCUGGGACUGAAUGAAGAACCACAACCUCAUCCCCGAACAUUGCAGCUUCAGAGAAUGAUCAGAUAUUCAGCCACACUUUUUGUUCAGGAAAAAUUGCUUGGUCUGAUGUCAUUACCAACCCAGGAGCAAUAUGAAGAAUUGAAAGAGAAAAGGAAACAAGAACUGGACAGAAAACUUCAGAUGGAGAGACAGGCAACACUUGAAACGCAGAGACGAAUGGAGGAGAAGCACAUGGACUAUGCUUCCAGAUCUUUGGUAGCAUCUAACGGUGAGGUGUCCUGGCCAAAACGGGUUGCAGUAAAGAAAGCUGAAGGUUGGCUGCCCACUGCGAACUUAUCUCGCCAGCAGGAACUCACAGACCCACUUCUGCAGCAGAUUGACAAUAUAACAUCCUUUAUUAAACAAGCCAAAGAAGCAAAUCGUCUCGAUGAGGUCCAGAUGUUGCAGGAAAACCUGCGACAACUUCAGGAUGAAUAUGAUCAACAGCAAACUGACAGAGCCAUUGAGCUUUCUAGAAGGCAAGCCGAGAUGGAGGAGAUGGAGAGAGAACAAUUGCAGAUCCUUUGUGAAAAGGAAUGGGAGAGGGAACAUAAAAAACGAAUGUCUCAACACUCACGGACACGUUCCCUGGAUUUCAGAGAUGUGAAGCACAGUAAGUUAGAGAUUGGGAAGGAGAGCAUAAACCAAAUAGCACAGGCUUUGGACCUUGAUACUACUCAGAAUACAAGUAACCCAGCCUCUAAAGCAUCUUCACCAUGUGGUGGUGACAAGCUCCAAGCGCAAGAGAGCCCAGUCUUUCCUGGGCAAUUUCUAGAGAUCCAAGAGCAUGACAGCGCAAUGGAGCAAAAUAAAAAUGUUCCCAUAAACCCUUUUGAAGAUGAGCCAGUAAUUAGCACUCUAAAGAGGGAACCCAAUAAUCCCUUUGCUGAAGAUUCCUCCACAGUGGCUCCCUUGCCCACCCAAACCUUGCACAGUAAUAAAAAAGAAUAUAACCCAUUUGAAGACGACGAGGAUUGUCAUCAAGCAAAUGGAGUAGCUGUCAGUACUCCGAAUCCCUUUAAAGAUGCUGUUGGAAAUCCAUUUUGUGUGCUCACAGCUCGUCAGGAAUCUGGAAAUCCAUUUGAGGAAAUGUCUUCCUCCACGAAUCCUUUUGAAGAGGAUGAUGAUAAUGAAGUGUCAAGGGAAGACAUCAUAGAAGAGGAGCUACUGCUCCAACAGAUAGAUAAUAUAAAAGCUUAUAUUUUUGAUGCCAAACAUAGCGGGCGGAUGGAUGAGGUUGAGGUGCUGACUGAGAAUUUGAAAGAACUGAAACGCACACUAGCAAAACAGAAGGAGAAAUCCAGCUAGUUGCUGUUUCCAUGCACAUACAACUUUACAGUUCUCUGACUGUCCCAGAGGCAAAGGCGGGCAGGUGGAAUUAAAAUGCAAGAGGGAAUUUUGGGAUUGACUCCAAUUGUCUGCACUUUGGUGUGGGUAUUUCCACUAUUAUUCAGACUUUGCUAAUACUGUCCACACUAUUAUGAUUUUGUAAUAACCUAAAACUGUGUCACAGAACAUUUACAAAUCUAAAAUGUAUCACAACCAGUUUUUAUCACAACCCUAACCUCUUAACAUUGUCAUGCUUCUUGGCAUUCCUUUUAUUUCAGAUGUAAACUCUGUAGGCUAAUACGGAAAUGGAUGCUUUAAGGUGCAGGAAAAUACAAUCCUUCCCUCUGUGUUUGGUUGUUGCAGUAUUGCAGACUGGCCUUCUAAAGCUGGCUUUUCCACUAAUAAGGGAUCCAGAGUGUCUGGUAAAUUCUGUGUCAAGCAUGAAAUAAGAUGGUGCCUUUAGCAAAUGUGUGUAACUGCCAUAUAUGCUAAGGGCAAGUGUUAAAAAGCAGGUUGCUGAGAUGCAGUGUGACCUGCACAGUACCAAGGCCAAUGAUCUGACUGUGCAAUACAAAAGAUAAUAUAAAGGGAUUUUAAAGUAGAUUUGGGUAGAUGUGAUGUUAUAGAAAUAAUAUCUGUUUUAGAAAAUGUAAACCCCAAUGAACUUCUGUUCCCUCCAUCACCUGCCUUUCAGGGCUUUUUUUAUUUUAAUAGCUUUGUCUAGCGAACCUUUGGAACAGCACCUUUUGUUGAGGGCACUGAUUUUUCUUGUUGCUUUCUCUCAAAAGUUGCAAUUCUCAAAAUUCCCUGGCUAGCGGAAAUGCUAUGACUGUUAAAAUGAUAACUGCAGCAUAUGCAUGCAAAGUGUGUGUGGUGGGGGAGAAAGCACCAGUUAUAUACUAUAAGGGAGGAAGUCUGAUUUCAAUGGAAAAGCAAACUGUUAGCCAACUAUGAUCUGAUCAUGUGAAGAUGGCCUUCCCUCAGUUUUUAAACAACACCUAGCUACCUCUCUCAAGGUUUGACACCUGUUUUGAAUAUAAAAUAUACUGUUCCCUUUAUAAAUUCAGAAUGGGAUCAUGGUGUGUGCUCCAGGAGAGCACAAAGCUCAGAUGUUUGGGAGCUGAAUCUACCAGCCAUUGUUGCUGUGUAGUUUCUAUUACUGCUGUGGAGGGUCUGUGCAAGCCCGUACCCUGUCAAACUAGAAGCUGUGAAGCAGCAUAGCUUGGGAUUGGGUGGUUAAUUUUUCCAUAUAAAAAACUGGUUAAUUAUGUCCUUUGGAUAUUUCUUUACUCACUGGAUAUUUCCAGUUCAAAAUAUGAAAUGGAAUUUUUGGGGAAAGUAUAAAAAUAAUUGUAUGUAACUGAAGGGCUAUCAAACAAUUUCUGGUUUCAGUUCUGCUGAAUGAACAUGAUUUGGUCGCAUUUGAUUAUUUUUUUUAAGAAUGAAGAGCAAUUUGAAUGUCACACAUGGGAGCUGACUCCUGAGGAUUAUUAUGGGCUUGUAGAAAUCAAAUUUUGCUUCAUUCAUGAGUGGGGAAAAGGCCCAGCAGUUGGGACCUGAGUUAGCUUUGCUGUGUAAAAAAAUGUAGAUUUUCACACAUUCAAAAGCUUUGGCUUAAAUACUACAAACAGAAACAAGGGAUUAAUCCAGGAGUAGCAAGACACUAAUAGCUGGUUCAGGAUUUCUAAACCUGAACAGUAAUUCCAGGAAAAAGUUGGGAUUCCAGAAAAAAUGUUUACAGAGAUGUAUUGUUACUUGGGGGGUGCUUAAUAUGGUCAAGAGUUAAAGUAGCACUUUACAGAAUCAAUUCUAUAUAUCUUCUUUAUUUGGGGCAUGGCUUUAGGCGAUUUAGAAAAAACCCCAUUCCUUCUAGUUUCCCUUUCAUUUGAUUUUUCUGUCUGCUGGGAGGAAUGUGCUAAUUUACAUAACUAAUUUAAUAUACAUAGUAUUGACUAAAACUGUUUCAGUGGUAGCUUUGGUGGGGCGGGGUAGGAGGAAAAUGAGCUCAGCUUCAAAAUUAAUUUGAUUUACAAAGUAUUGCCUAAAACUAUGUCAGCUUGUUUAAAAAGCACUCAGAAUUGUGUUGAGCCAUCCUGUGGAAACAGACCUGAGGACAGCACUUAGGGCAAGAGUAGUAAGGGCAGAUGACCUAAGAAUUUAAGGUCAUUUUCUUUUUCCUAAUUGGAAAUAACUGGGCUUGGGCUUGCAGAACAGGUGCACCUAACAAAUCUAACAGGACAGGCUAAUAUCGGAUGUGUAGUAAAAUGCAGUAAAUAAAGAAAUUUAUGUAUAUAGCUAAAGUAAGCAAGCACCACAGCUUUUAUGUGACUACCAGCUAAGGAGCAGUGGUUUGUCUAAAACAAAACCAUCUAUAUACUUUAUUCUAGGCAGCAAGACACCAGACUUAACUGGAAUACUUUGUAUAUCCCAGCCAAAAUGAAUGUUUCAGUGGUUGUUUUUUUUACAUUUAAAAUAUGUUUCCUUGUUACAUCAAUUCUGCCUUGUUUUUAGGUACUCUGUAGUCUAAUACUCUUUAAAGACAUAGUAUUGAUGUAUUUUUACUAGUAACUAUGUUGGUUUGUAGCUCCAUGACUGCAAGUCAAUGUGAAAUGUAACUAGCCUUCUUGAUAGGAUGGUGGUAGACUCACAUUUUGACAGCCUUCCAUUUGUACUACUGAAUUUACACUAUGAAACAGAACAAAACCAUGCCAUUGUGAGAAUUAACAUUAAAGACAUCCGUUUAUACACUUGCAUGCACUACUCUUAAUUUGCAAGCUUUGAAGAAAUAAAAUAACAUAUUGGUU